AUGUUGCCUACGAUCUUCAUCAUUGGAGGUGUCAGUGGGAUGAUGUUUGGAGGGUUACAUUGCCUGGGCUGGAAUGUGUUGUUUCCGAGACACGCGGAGCGGAUAUUGUGGCGUAUGGCUUCCAUUGGGAUAGCAUGUUCAUCGACGUUAGCGGCGUUAUCACUCUGUUUGGUUGCGAAGUACGGCUCAAGAUGGAGUUUUCUGUGGAUAAAUAUUGGGAUUAUCGGCAUUUUAUACAUUUUUUCACGUGUUACGGUAAUUGUACUUAUGUUCUUGAGCUUACGAUCACUUCCUCCUGGCGCAUACGAUGCAGUCACUUGGAGCAGGUAUAUUCCACAUGUAACCAUGUAGUUUUAUUGCAAUCGCCGUAACAGAGUAUGGUAACUUGCCUAAGUCUUCAUCGGUCACUGUUGAAAUCGGAAGUGCAAGUACGACUCGGUCAAGUUUCGAAGGCUACGACAGCAUCUGGAUAUGCUUCGUGCGUGCAUGCCAUCGAGGAAUGGAAAAGAGCAGUCCUGGAAUAGUUUAUGAACGCAUGUGAGCAUCAUACCAAUCUACUCACCUCAUCAGUAUGACCGUGUAGCAACGGCGGCUCGAAAGAGAACUCGUACACUCGCGCGCAGGGAAGAGAUGAAGAAGGCAUAUUCUCCACCAAGGACGAAUGUGAUUGACAAGUCAGUCAUCGAAAGCGGCCGUGGUGGGAAUAGGGCUGCACGCCGUCGGCGUCAUAGACGGUUUGUACGGCAACCGUCGACGGAUACGGUUGCCGUACCGCUGGACCUGCACAAAGAAAUCAAUAGUGGGUCUCAAAGUUAAAAUAUCAAAGCAACAAAAAAAAAUAUAGAUCU